AUGGUGUUGGAAGCGACGAUGAUAGUCGUCGACAACUCCGAAGCCUCCCGCAACGGCGACUACCUCCCCUCCCGCUGGGAAGCGCAAACCGACGCCGCCAACCUCAUCUUCCACAGCAAAACGCAAUCCAACCCCGAAUCCUCCGUCGGCCUGCUCUCCAUGGGCGGCGCCGCCGGCCCCGAAGUCCUGACCACCCUCACCACGAACCCGGGCAAGAUCCUCGACGGCCUGCACCGCACGAAAGUCAAGGGCGACAGCAACCUGUACACGGGCAUCAUGAUCGCGAGCCUGGCGCUCAAGCACCGGCAGAACAAAAGCCAGCGGCAGCGCAUCAUUGCGUUUGUCUGCAGUCCGAUCAAGGAGAGCGAGAGCACGUUGGUGAAGCUGGCGAAGCGGAUGAAGAAGAAUAACACGAGCAUUGAUAUCGUGGCGUUUGGGGAUCUGAGCGAUGAGAAUGUCAGCAAGCUGCAGGCGUUCAACGAGCAGGUGAAGGGCGGGGAUGGGUCGCAUUUGGAGAUUGUGCCGCCCGGGCCGAAUCUGCUGUCGGAUACGAUUGUGGCGUCGCCGAUACUGGCUGGAGAGGGUGGCGCGGGAGCGGCGGCGAGUGGUGCGGGUGCUGGGGGUGAUGCUGGGGGUGGCGGUGGCGAUUUCGAGUUCCCGGGCGUGGAUCCGAAUAUUGAUCCCGAGCUGGCGCUGGUGUUGCGGAUGAGUUUGCAGGAGGAUGAGGAGAGGAGGGCACGGGAGCAGAGGGAGGCGAAUGAGGCGGAGGGCAAGACGAAUCUGGAGAGUGUGCCGGAGGAGGGCAAGGAGGGGGAGGCGAGCGAGACGCAGCCGCUGUUGCAGGAUCAGGAGGGCAGUGGGAGUGGAGGGUCGAAGGAGGACAAGAAGGAUGGGGAGGGUGGGGACAAGAUGGACACUGCAUGA